CUCGAGUGUAAAUAAUGUAUUGGUGAAAAAUUGGAAUAAUAUAUUUCUAGUCAAAAUUGAGAAUCGAUUAAAUAUACCAACAAAAUGCCGAUCAAGGAGACUUGGACCAGCAUUAUGCCGACGGCAUUCAAAAAACAGAAAUACUCCUCAAUACGGAGUGAGUGUCUAAGUAAAGGAAUCUUAUUUGAGGAUCCCGAAUUUCCGGCAAAUAACAAAUCCAUAUUUUACUCCAAAAUAGACCAAGAAAUAGAAUGGAAACGACCAAAGGAGCUGUGUAAGGUUCCGAGACUGGUGGUGGACGGAGUGAGCUGUGACGACCUCAACCAAGGGGAACUCGGAAACACGUGGUUUGUCACUGCGUGCGCAAGUUUGGCGCUUGAGAAGAAACUGUUUGAAAAGGUAAUUCCCAGCAUAAAAGAACAGGAAUGGGACGAAAAAUCCGAGAAAAACAAAUACAGCGGAGCCUUUCAUUUUCACUUUUGGCGGUUUGGAGAAUGGGUGGAUAUUGUUAUAGACGAUCGUCUGCCAACCAAGAACGGGAAACUGGUCUUCUGUCACUCCAAAUCACGGAACGAGUUCUGGAGCGCUCUACUGGAGAAAGCCUACGCCAAGUUGUACGGUGACUAUGAAUCUUUGAACGACGGACGGACGGCGGACGCUCUGGUAGAUUUCACGGGGGGCGUGGCGGAGAAACUGGUUCUGACCAGACUGGAUCUGAACGACGACAAGAUAGUGGAACAGCUGUUUUAUAAAUUGAGGGAAUCCUGUGAAAACUCCGCCCUUAUGAAUUGCAACAUAGAGUGCCAAAAGACGGAAGUGGGUAAAGAACUUCCCAAUGGUUUGAUUCUUGGUCACGGUUAUAACAUAACAAAAGUGCUAGACAUAAAGGUGGAAAAGAAGCUACAAGGGGCCGUGGGUAACGCCAAACUGAUGAUGGUCCGCCUUGCAAACCCGUGGGGGGUGAAGGAAUGGAACGGUCCCUGGUCGGACGAUUCCCCCGAAUGGUCGAAAAUCAACAAAUCCGAAUGGGAGAAGAUGGGUCUAAAAUUCGUACAAGAGGGCGAAUUCUGGAUGUCCUUUCCUGAUUUUAUGAACACUUUCACACACAUAGACAUCUGUCACUUCGUCAACACCAGUAUUAUCAGUAUAAAAAAGACCUGGAGUGAGGCCAUGUUUCACGGGGAGUGGACCGUCUCAGGCAGAAAUGGCGGGAAUGACUAUAACUCAGCUACCUUUCUCAGCAAUCCCCAGUAUGUCUUUGAUAUUGGAGGUGCCCAAGAUCGCGUUAUGGUGUCUCUGGAACAGCACGAUAUAAAACCAGGUCGGCAGGAACUGGGUAUUCAGCUCAAUAAUAUAGGAUUCCACAUCAUGAAGGUGGAAGAGAAUAGAAAAUUCAGGGUACACAUAGUAGGAGAGAAAGUGUUUACUUCCGAGUAUGCUAAAUCUAGAAGCGUUUUUGGGAUCAUGAUUUUACAGAAAGGUCGAUAUGUAAUAGUUCCUACCACAACUAGUUCGGAUGAACUCGGGCCAUUCAUGUUACGACUUUACACCGGAAGUUCUUCUGGGGCAAA